AUGUCUAGUCCUACAUCAUACGUCACGGCCAUUUGGAAGCGCGAGGGAGGCAAGCGGAAGAGCUACGGGACGGGAGGCUGCGAGGAGGAGGAGGAGGCAGUGGCAGUGAUUGCUGGAGUGCUGAGGGAGAAAUUCGGGCCUCAGAUUGUGAAAGAGGAGUUGGAGGAGUGGGGGAGUGGGAUACGAAGCACCGAAGGCGACGAGGGGGUGGGGAGAUUGAAAGAGAAGGAGGAGGGGGAUGAGGAGGAGGAGGAGGAAGUGGAGGAGGAGGAGGAGGAAGCAGAAGUAGAACCGUGUGAAGAGGACGCACCACCCACCACAUCUCCUUCCACGCACCCUCCUCCACUGAACAGCCGGCGGGUCGUAUCUCGCUCCGCCCUCCUCUCCCUCUACCGCUUUUUCUCCUCCCACCUCGGCAUCUCCUCCCCUUCCACUGUCGCUGCCCUUCUCGCCUCCAAACCCCAACUCCUCCGCUCCAAUCCCGCCAAUGAUUUCCUGCCACGUGUCCGUCUCCUCCAGUCAUAUGGCAUUUCUAAUGCUGACGUCACGCACAUGACUUUGAUAGCUCCAGCCUGGCUCCGCUCCUCCCUGCAACGGAUUCAGAAUAUGCUUGAUUUUCUUUUAGCUAAAGGGAUUCGCCGUAGCAGAUUGGGUAUGGUGCUCCGACGUGGUCGCAACCUACUCUGCUGUGAGGCUCGUUCAACGAACCUGGACAUUUUGGUGGAGAGAGCAGGGGUUCCUGUAGACAAGCUGAGUGUGAUUAUAGAGAAAUGCCCGUCCAUCUUGACUCAGAGCAAAGAGGCGGUGAGUUCUCAGCUCGGAACGUUAUCAUCUUUUUUUAAAGCGACUUCUGGAGGAAAGGCAGAAGCAGAUAGCACCAGCACAAGCCUCCUGAAGCGGCAACUAGAUGAGCCGCAGUCCACUUUCUUGGACACCCGUUUCAUUGCCACUGUGCUUUGGCGGGCCCCCACCAUCCUCAAUCUUUCCACAGAAACUCCCUUAGCUAAGCUCCAGUUCUUUGUGGAGCUGGUGGGGGAGGAGGCAACAAGAAGAGUGGCACAGAGUUAUCCGGUGGUUCUGAAACUAUCGGAGGAGAAUCUGCAAGGUAAGGUGGCGGCAUUGGCUGGUUUGAUUGGCCGAGAGAAUGCUUUGCGGGCUGUGGCACGAUUUCCUUCGCUACUAGCUUCUAGUGAAGAUGGCUUGAAGGAAAGUUUCAGAGAGCUUGUGCGAGAAGUGGAAGAGGCAUUGGAGAGCAGUGGAGAAGAGGGAAGUGGGAUGCAAAGUUUGGAUCUUCGAAUCAGACCGCGACAUGUGGCCUUAGUGCGAUUUGGAUAUGAGGUUGUGGCACGCGAGAUGCCUAUUCGGACGAGUGUUGGAGGCAGGAGGGAUGUUGCGAUAGAAGCUGGGAAGCAGAGGAGCAAGCUGUGUUUUGUCUGCUCCUCGCUUUCGGACGAAGUGGAAGGAGUGGAGGGGAUUGAAUUGGGAGCUGAAAACAGGAAGAGCAAGGGAACGGGUGGCAGGCAAGAGCAGCAGUAUCAAGGGGAGGAUGGAGAUGGGACUGGCGGGGGUGUAGCUGCUACAGCUGCCUUUGCUACAGCUGCCUCUGCUACAGCUGUUUCGGCCCUUUCCCUGCCGGACCUGCUACGUCUCUUCCUGUGGGUGGUGGUGUCGCCGGAUGUAGCAGAAGAGCUGCUGUUCAGAGGGCUGCUGCUCUGGCCCUGCAAGAGAGGCUCGGCAGGUCAUAGGCUCGGUAGGAGGCUCAGUAGUAAGGAUCGACACUGCCAUGAUGUCCGCAGCCCUCUUCCUCCCUCCCUCUCCCUCCUCUUCCCCAACAUGGCCCUUGGGAUUGCCGCUGGCCUGCUAACGGUCUAG